UCACUGUAGGAUUACGCACCUUUGACCUCCAGUACUGUCAACAGUAAGCUGCUCACUGAGAUGCCAGCGCGUCCAAAUCCACCAGCAGCAACCGGUUUGUCACAUGACCAGUCAGUGUGCCUGCAUGUGUGUGUGUGUGUGUGUGUGUGUGUGUGUGUGAAUGUGUGUGAAUGUGUGUGUGUAUCUUGUAUUUCCGCGUUCACCGACCGGAGCGCUGGAUGAGUAAGCGCGGCCGCUGCCUGCCUUUUACGCCGCGUCUUUGCGUCGCCGUGCGGGGAGCUGCCGGGCGGGAGGGGCGGGGAGGGUAGACGGAUCCGACAAGCGAACGCAUCAGCCGGACCCACGCUGCUGCCGCAAAAACCAUGCUUACGCGGGUGAAAUCGGCGGUGGCUAAUUUUAUGGGAGGAAUGAUGGCCGGUGGCUCCAACGGAGACCAUCCAGGCGGCUCGGAUCUGCCGCUGAAAUACCCCUACAGCAGACCGGAGUUCCUGGGACUGUCCCCGGACGAGGUGGAGUGCUCGGCGGAUCACAUAGCCAGACCGAUCCUCAUCCUGAAGGAGACCAAACGCUUACCGUGGUCCACCGGCUACGCAGAGGUCAUCAACGCAGGAAAAAGCACGUUAAAUGAGGACCAGGCUUGCUGUGAGGUGCUGGUGGUCAAAAGAAGACCUCCAGGAACUUCCACACCCAACCGGACCCCCAUGACCCGCAGGAGGUCUUCCCUGCCAAACGGAGAAGGCCUUGGCCUCCGGGAAAACCUGACCAGCAGUGUUUUACUCAGGCCCACCCAGAGCCUACAGCUCACUCAUCAGGACACUUCUGAAGACCUCACCUUCCACUACUGGGCCUUGUUUGACGGCCACGCUGGAUCCGGAGCGGCCGUGAUGGCCUCUCACCUCCUUCACCAUCACAUAGCGCUGCACCUCCAGGAAGUGAUGGAGAUCCUUUGUACGCCGUCGCUGGUUCCCCCCACAUGCCUGGGAGAAGAGCCUAUUAAUCACCACCUCACCCCGACUUCUCAGCGCGCCCUUACGAGGGCCGCGUCACUUCGUGGAGCAGCGGGUGCUCCAGGAUCCCCGAGCACGCCGCCCACGCGUUUCUUCACCGAGAAGAAGGUUUCACAUGAGAGCCUGGUGAUUGGAGCCAUUGAGAAUGCGUUCAAAGACAUGGAUGUGCAGAUAGAAAAGGAGAAGGCGGUCUACAACAUCUCGGGUGGAUGCACAGCUCUGGUGGUCAUCUAUUUACUCGGGAAGCUCUAUGUUGGGAACGCCGGCGACAGCAGAGCUAUCAUUAUCCGGGCGGGGGAAGUCAUCCCCGUGUCAACAGAGUUCACGCCAGAGUCAGAGAGACAGCGGCUGCAGUUCCUAGCCUACAUGCAGCCCCACUUAUUAGGGAACGAGUUUACACAUCUGGAAUUCCCGAGGAGAGUUCAGAGGAAGGAGGUGGGGAAGAGGAUGCUGUACCGUGACUUCACCAUGUCAGGAUGGGCGUAUAAAACCAUUGAGGACGAUGACCUGAAGUUUCCCCUGAUCUACGGCGAAGGGAAGAAGGCUCGUGUGCUGGCAACCAUUGGAGUCACCAGAGGCCUCGGAGACCACAAUCUCAAAGUGCAUGACUCCAACAUCUACAUUAAGCCCUUCCUCUCCUGCUGUCCAGAGGUUAGAGUUUACCAGUUGGGGCAGUGUGAACACGGAGCUGAUGACGUCCUGGUUCUGGGAACUGACGGUCUGUGGGACGUCCUCUCCAACCAGGAAGUAACCGAGGCUGUCACCUGUUUCCUGGCGAACUGUGACCCUGACGACCAGCACAGGUACACAAUGGCAGCUCAGGACCUGGUGAUGAGAGCUCGAGGUGUAUUGAAGGACCGAGGCUGGAGGAUAACCAACGACAGACUGGGCUCCGGGGACGACAUUUCCGUCUAUAUCAUUCCUCUCAUGUACGGCAACAAGCAGAACUAGAGAAACUCAAAAAGAACUUUGAACAAUCAUCACCCUGCCUUGACCACCGAUCUUCACCUCUGCAGUCCUCUUCAUCCCUUGUGUUCUUUAUAAGUGCUUUAGUGUGGAUUUUCUCCAAAGCCGUUUCUAGAGGGAGACUUGGAUUUCUUCUUCUUUUCUUCCGUCGUCCUUGUUUUUUAUAGAAAGAAACUGCUGAAGAAAGAAAGCAAAGUUGAUCUCCUGUGUUUUUUUUCCUUAAUCUUGAUAUUUGUAUUUACUGGAGGAAGCCAUCCUGAACUUUAAGAAGCAAUGUCAAGGCUAAAAAGAGCAUGGACUCGCGUCGCCGAAGUGGUUUUGUGCAUCUCAGGGCUGCCGUUACUAAACAAUGCCAAUGCACAACAUUUAUAAAUGAAAAUGUAAAUACUUAAAGGUAUAAAAAAACAACCUUGUGAGUGUUUUGCUGAACACGUGUACAGUGUAUAAAACUAACCUGAAGGCUGAUGUCCUGUAUAUACAAGCCAUACCUCGUCUUGUCCACGUAGGCUUUAAAUUUAGCCAAAAUCUGCAACUGUUAGUCAUUUAUCCAAAGGUUGCAGCUGGAUUUCUUAAUGCUGAAGCUCCAGACAUUGUUCAUUUCAGUGUCUGGGAAGAUGAAAGAAGGUAUUUAUGAAAAGAAUACACAAAACCACAGUUAAGGUUCUUGUCUUAGUUAAAUGUGACUCUACUCUGACAUUGUAUAAUCUCCUCAGAAGGAAACCACUGAUUUCCUGUGUCUUCAAAAUAAGCCAUGUAUCUUCCUUUUUACCAAUUUCUUCUUCCAAGAACGCAUAAUUGUCCUUUUUAUGUGGAUGUUCAUAUGCUCUAACGUGUCACCAAAUGCAACCUGUGCCAAUAUUCUCUUCCAGGUGUUCCUCUUUUACUCCUGUAUCUUUAAAUGUGUGAAAAUGGAAAAAAGAGAGAGCUGUGAUUGGUCUAGUUUUGUACAAAAGGGUUAAAUAUUGUGAUCACCUUGCAAUAAAUAGCAUUAUUCAUUUCAAUAUAUAUAUCCCUAUGUGGUAUAAAUCCAUAAACUAAAAGCAAUUCCCUUAUUUCCUAUCGGAUUUCCCAUUCCAUUCCUGAGGUUGAACCUUUUUUCUAAUCCACUGAUUCCACAUAUUAGUUUAGUUGUAGUUUUCACUUCUGCUAAUGUACAACUGUCGUAUCGUACAUGUUCUAGAUGGCUGAAGCUGCUGUCACAUUUAACAUUCAUUUAAUUUAUGUGUAUAAAUGUAAAUAUCAGUUUCCGUGGUCAGUUCUGUCCUUCCUUUUUCUGUAAGUGAUGUAAAAUCUUCCUGAAACACAAGAUGUAAUUUGUACGAUUUUAAAAACCAAGGAUUGAUGUAAAAGUCUGGCUUAAAUUCUCACAUUUCUGCUCUAUUAAAAAUGAGUUUCUUA